AUGAAGCUUCCCCCGGCCAGUGUUGUGGCGACAUGGCCAGAGCACAAUUAUAUUGACCCUGUCACUCGCGGGAAUUCUGUCCUUAUCGUGACCAUUGUCUUUUCAACCCUCGCUUUCAUUGUGACUUGUCUUCGGCUCUAUACCCGCUUCAAGAUAACAUGCAGCCCCGGUAUCGACGAUUUUCUUAUCGUAGUUGCGCUAGCUUUCACGAUUGCUAUGUGCACUAUUAUCUGCAUAGCCACUGAGAAAUAUGGAUGCAACAGGCAUUUAUGGGACGUUCCGUUGGAGUGGAUCCCAGCUGCCUCCAAAUUCAAUCUCCUCUUCCAAAUCCUCUUUUCCUUGUCUUCUAGCAUAACGAAACUCGCUCUCUUAUGGUUCUGCAAACGCCUGCUCGGGGCCGGUAGCAAAGGCCUCUAUACCAAAUAUAACAUUGUUUUGAUCGGGGGCAUGGUCUUGGUGGCUCUGCUGUGCAUUAUUUUCUUGUUUGUUUGCAUCUUUCAAUGCAGCCCGAUUCAUGCCUACUGGGACUUCCAACCAACAUACCCUCAUCGCUGCUUGAAUGACGGGGCAGUUGUAUUCGCCGCUAGCGUCGUCAAUAUCUUUACUGACUUCUUGUCCACUGUGCUCCCGAUGCCAUUGAUCUGGAACCUUAACCUCCCGGCCCGGCAACGGGUUGCCGUGAUAUCAAUUUUUGGACUAGGGAUUGUGGUCAACGUCGCUGGGACCGUCCGAACUGUCUAUGUGUAUAAGAGUAUGAUCGGUUCGUACGACAUGACAUGGUAUGGCUGGACCGUCUUCCUCGCCGCAUCACUGGAGAUUAAUCUAGGAUUGAUCUGUGCUUCCGCACCCGCGUUGAGGCCUCUUAUUGCAUUUUUCCUACCCCGGCUACUCCAGUCCACCCGCCAGUAUGCCUCCGGGUAUGGCCAAAGUCGUCCCCAGAAACUAUGGUCGUCAGCCACUCCAUCCCGGCACUCUACCAAGCCCUCUAGGGGGCGAUCACAACAUUUUACCGACAGCCAGCUGGAACGGUUGGAGGUCUAUCGGACAGUUGAAAUGGAAAGCUGGACCGAAUCAAGGAAUCCAAACGAUACGAUUGACAAUGAUGUUAACAUGCCAUCGAAUCAUGCCCGUGUCACGACGCCGAACCAUGACUUUGAUCUUAAGUACAACGGUGCGGUCUACACGUCGCCUGGCAGCGAAAAAUCUUCCGCAUCCCUUAACCGGGUGACUAGUUCACCGUUCAAAGACAAACAUUCUAUCUAA